ACAUUUCUAAUAAACACGAGGGAAUAUGUUAUGGCAAAAGCUGUAAUCAGGGGAGGGUACAUGUCCUCUCUAGUCUCUAUAUAUACAUCACACUUCAAUUAUCACCUUCACUUAAACACCACCUCUACAUUUAAAUUUACACAAAACCUUCUUUAAACCCUCUACAAUGGCUACUUCACUUCACGUUCUUCUCUUCAACAUCAUUUUCAUUUUCUCCAUAUCUUCAUCUUCAUGCAAGACCACUCCUUCUUCUCUACUUUUACCCCUGAAAACAAAGUUUAUUCCAUCUAGGUCCCUGCUAAAGCCACCGAACAAGCUCUCGUUUCACCACAAUGUCUCUCUCACGGUCUCUCUCACCGUCGGGUCGCCGCCGCAGCAAGUUACGAUGGUGCUCGACACUGGCAGUGAGCUUUCCUUUUUGCACUGUAAGAAAACGCCAAACAGGCCCUUAACUUUUAACCCACUUGCCUCCGCUUCUUACACUCCGAUUCCGUGUUCUUCGCCCACUUGUCGGGUCCGGACCCGGGACUUCACUUCGCCCGUUUCGUGUGACCCGAAAAAGCUUUGCCAUGCAACUUUGUCGUACGCGGAUGCUUCUUCGGUUGAGGGUAAUCUCGCGGCCGACACUUUCCGGGUCGGGUCGUUGGAUCAGCCCAGGACGGUGUUCGGGUGUAUGGAUACGUAUUCGAGUUCGAACCCGGAAGAUUCGAAGACUACCGGGUUAAUGGGUAUGAAUCGGGGCUCCUUGUCGUUUGUCUCGCAAAUGGGUUUUCCGAAAUUUUCGUAUUGUAUAUCGGGUCGGGACGCAUCGGGUGUGUUAUUGUUCGGAGAAGCUAGCUUCUCUUGGCUAAAGCCUUUAAAUUACACUCCUUUGGUUCAAAUGACCACUCCUUUGCCUUACUACAAUCGGGUCGCUUACACGGUUCAAUUAGAAGGAAUCAAAGUUGCGGGUCGGGUCUUACCCUUACCGAAAUCCGUUUACGUGCCGGACCAUACCGGUGCGGGUCAAACCAUGGUGGACUCGGGUACCCAAUUUACCUUCCUACUCGGACCGGUUUACACCGCUUUAAAAAUGGAAUAUAUUCGACAAACAAGAGGUGUGUUACGAGUUUACGAUGACCCGAAUUUCGUGUUCCAAGGGGCAAUGGACUUAUGUUACCGAGUCGAAACGACACGAAAAAUUUUACCGAUUUUACCAACCGUAAGUUUUAUGUUUCGGGGCGUCGAGAUGAGCGUAUCAGGUGACAGAUUAUUGUAUCGAGUGCCCGACAUGAAAAUUGGAAAUGACGAUAUACAUUGUUUUACAUUCGGUAAUUCGGAAUUACUAGGAAUGGAAGCGUAUAUAAUAGGGCACCACCAUCAACAAAAUUUGUGGAUGGAAUUCGAUUUGGAAAAAUCGAGGGUUGGACUCGCUGAGGUCAGGUGUGAUUUAGCAAGUCAACGUCUUGGACUCGAUGUUUAGGAAAAUGUUUACGCGGCUAUGUGUGUGUAAAUAGCUGUUUUGUUAAUAUUUUUUUGAUGUUUUGAUUAAAUUGUGUUUUGCUGAUAGAAGAGAGGCCACUUUGUUCAGUUACCUAGCUUAGGAAUGUUUUGAACAUUGUGGCUUCUGUAAAAAUUAGGGAUUUUUUGGUGUUGAAAGUUUUUAAAUUUUGAAGCA